AUGGCCUAUGACACCAUGCCCCAGAUGAAUCACACCAACAUGCCAGUGAAACAUUUGCAACAACUCACGCCCCAGGCACAAACCCUUUCCUCUUCGUUAGCCAUCGCCUGCUCCGAGUGGCUAAAUGCCACCGAAUGUGGCAACAUAACAUUUGCCAUUGGCAAACAACGUUUUGCCACCGCCACCAUGUCGGAUGGCAGUGGUGGUGGCAAUGCCACACUACCGCCGGAUAAUCUCAUGGAAAUGGACCUUGAAAUGGAUGUUGAAUGGCCACUAGAGCGUGUAGUGUCAACAAUAGUGCCAGUAUUUUUUGGAAUUAUUGGUUUUGCCGGUUUGCUGGGUAAUGCUCUGGUCAUUUUAGUGGUGGUGGCCAAUCAACAAAUGCGCUCGACAACAAAUCUGCUCAUUAUAAAUCUGGCCGUAUCGGACAUAUUAUUCGUUAUAUUCUGCGUACCAUUUACGGCCACAGACUAUGUGCUACCAGAAUGGCCUUUCGGAAAUCUAUGGUGUAAAUUCGUUCAAUACAUGAUUGUUGUGACGUGUCAUUGUAGCGUUUACACGCUAGUGCUCAUGUCAUUCGAUCGUUUUUUGGCCGUUGUACACCCCGUGACAAGUAUGUCACUGAGAACGGAAAGAAAUGCCACACUAGCGAUAAUUUUGGCCUGGAUUUUGAUAAUAACCACAGCGAUACCGGUGGCUUUGGCUCAUUCGGUGAGAAUUUAUCAGUUUCAUGGCCAUAAUUAUACAGCCUGUGUCUUUUCAUCCGACAAAGAGGUUUGGAGUUUAUUGGGUUUCCAGCUUUCAUUUUUCCUGUCAUCGUACGUGGCCCCAUUGACAUUAAUCUGUUUCUUGUACAUGGGAAUGUUGGCACGUUUGUGGAAAAGUGCGCCUGGUUGCAAACCCUCAGCCGAGUCACGGAAAGGAAAACGACGUGUCACCCGUAUGGUGGUGGUCGUUGUAUUAGCAUUUGCUAUAUGUUGGCUACCAAUACAUGUCAUAUUGGUAUUGAAAGCUUUUAAUCUCUAUGGCAGUUCUCAUGUAACGGUCAUUAUACAAAUUAUUUCCCAUGUCCUGGCCUACACAAACUCCUGCAUCAAUCCCAUUUUAUAUGCCUUUUUAUCGGACAACUUUCGCAAGGCAUUUAGAAAGAUUGUCUGGUGCGGUAGUCCUCCGCCCAUUAUUACAAAUCAACAAGUUACUAAAACAACGCGCACGGCAACCGGAAAUGGCACUUCAAACAUUGAUAUGCUGUAG